GGAAAUAUUACGACGUUAACUUUCAUUUCUUUAAUGCUCUGCCUCCGAUUCAUGAAAUCAUCCAUUCACGGCCAAAUUCAGCCGCUGCGUUUGACGUGAAAAACUAUGCAGAUAUAGAGAUAUACUAUACGUAUGAGGCGGCUCGCAAAAGUGUCGAAAUGACGUACCUCGCAUUUACGAUCCAAUUGGCAAUAUUGAAGUUAUUGACUAUUGGGUAUCGGCAUGGCAGUAACAACUGCCUUCCUUUGGUUUUACUGCUGCAGUUCAGGCCGGAAGUUACGGGUGGUGAUAAAAUAAAAAAAAGGGAAAGAAAGAAGAAAUGGCGACCGUUAGAUUACUUACGGUCCUCGACAUAAAUUGAGUAAGGGGUUGGUGGGGUGUUGCUCCGUAUUUUCCUACUUCAGCAAAAAAACGCGUAACCUCCCCCACCCCCACCCCAUCAGAGUACGGUAAUUAAUAAUAAUUGCCGGUCGCGAUAAUGUAUUACCUGCGGGGUAGGUCUUGGGAGGGAUGAAAUAAGAGAGUGGGAGGUGGUAGGGUAGGGAGCGAGGGAAAAAAAAGGCUGCGCUGUGCGAAAAAGAAAAUAUGCAAUUUAUAACUGUAAAUAACGAAUAAGUUAUAAACAAAAUUAUUUUCACAAAGAUACAGCCAACCGGCUAGUUUUGGUGAAGCCAGCCCUGAAAGGACGCCGCCGAAUCGUCGCGACGCUUCGGAACCCGAAGGUCUCACGGCAACUCGUUAAACUUAAAUAAACCCUUAAAUGAAGUUACAUGAAAAUUGCGCGAGUAACGUGGCACCCCUUAGACGACUCAAAAGUGUAACGCAACCACCCACGACCAACUUCAACCACUACCAGUUCAAUUCGUCCGCUCGGUCAGCUGCGAAUCCUAACGAUUUAUAAAGGGAAAUCCCCCCACGCGGAUAAUACACCCCGAAGGGCAUUUUGGGGUUAAGAGCUUAUCUUCCGAGUUCAUGUUAUUUUCCCUCUUUGUUUCGUAUAAGCGGAAAAGAAAAGUCGUGACGAGGAUAAAAAACAAGAAGAGGGCGCAAAACGAAUUUUCACGAAAAUCGAAAGAUUAUUUUCAGUGUAGUAGGUGAGUGUACUUUCACCCCUCGGACAAGUCAGAUGGUCGAACCUUCGAGGGUGGAUGGUGGGUUGAGUGAUCUUUUAAAUGAUAAUACGUCGAAAGGAUUCUCGAUUUUUAAUUCUUCUUCGCUCGUCCUCAUUAUUCCCCCGUUCAACCGGAUGUACCGAAAAUUUCAAGCGAAGGGGUCAAACUUACGGUUUAACCCUUUCGCUACGGACGCCGACUAUAGUCUGCGGCCGAGAGACCACCUACGCUGACUUCGUUGGUAGCACAGAAUCUACUACUUUCUUAAUAUGUAAAUUUCUUAAUACCCACGAUAUACUCAUUUUUAUGUUUUUCUAUAUAAUAUGACGAAACAGUUACAUAACUCUUAAAAAAGUAUGCAUACAAGACAAUUCCAAAGUGCCAUUGAAAAACGUAAGCGCAGUGCCCUGCUCAGUGGCGCCACUCCCGCGAAACGGACUGCCGUAGCGAACGGGUUAAGUGAGUGUUAUAGAAUGGAAACACGUUAAUGGCACGAAAUUUAUAUGUGGACGUAGCAAAGUGGGGUACUACGGUGCCCCAGUCGAUCGUCAAUGUUUUACGCUUGAAGCCGGUGGCCGUAAAGGCUUGGGGUAAAAUGACCGAGAUAAAAAAUGGGUCCUGUAGCCGAGCGAAGUCGGAGCAGCCAUCAGGGUGGUUGGGAAAACAGGAUACCGUGGUGUCUUUUAUGGCACCUGUGGGCUUCCCUCAAGACCAGGAAGAUAAAGUAGGGACGGAAGCGUCACGUUUGACGGUACGCACUGAGCUUGUGGCGAUGGGUCAAACAAAUGUCCAAGGUUUAUACGUUACGUCGGGCGUUCUCGUUUCAUCCCUUAUUUUUGUGACGCCUGGUCGUUUUUAAGAAGGAUCCCGAAAAUUCGUAGCAGGCGCCACCACGUGGCGCCACCCUUGCGCACCAAUGAAACCGUAAAUGUCGUCGGUGCAGAAGGAGCUGUUCUCUAAUUGAUCAGAAUUCUUGGGAUUGAGGGUUUGAAAAUCAUUGGCUUGGCUGCCACCGAUAGAGGCUUGCGGUUUCGCUGCUAUCUAGGGGUGCCAGGGUACUGGCGGCCAUUGUCCGAUAUCCAAUAAAAUAUCACUUUCAAUCAAUGCACGGAAAAUCCAAUUCACUGUCCGGCGCCUAACCCCUAACUUGAUUUACCCAAUCGGCAAUUUCCACCAUUCGUCCCACGCUUCUCUGCAGACUUUCUUCUCCUGCUUUACCGUCACCCUCUCGCUCUAUUCUCUGCAUGCGUACACACAUUCCAUUCGGAGACACACACGUUACUUUUCAUCCCUUACCACCACCACCCCACAGCAUUAUACUCCAACCGAUUUACCGACUCCAACUGAGUACCUCGAUCGUGGGACCAUCGAAAACUACCCUCUUCUUUCUAUUGGCCAACUUUCACCCCGAUUUUAACGGAGAUGACUGCUACACAAAAGCACCCCCUUCUGACGCAGGGUCCACUCGGGCUCUUUAUAAAUUGAGUUAUUUUAAUGGAUACCGGACGCACGACCGGAAACUUUCGGAAACUCUUCGUUGGUUCGAUGGAUUUUACUUUGGUUUUUGCAGAACGAAUUGCAUUUUUUAAGGGUUGCACACAUUUUUGGGAGAAUUUCGAAGAUUUGGGUUAGUCCAUUGUAUCCCCAUGUGCGUGGAUUCGUAACGUUACGUGAGGUAAUACGCGUUGCUAUUAUGUCAACGAUUUAUUUGUAACUACUGGUUCAACGUUUAUCUUACGAGAUAAGUAUCGUGAUGAUGAUGAAUUGGAUGCUGUGCUAUAUUUAGCGAAUUUUAAUGCACCGUAGACUACUCUAGUGUGCACCAAAUAAAUUCGUUUGAAUUAAAUACCCGUGGGUGUAUAUGGUUAUGUUAAGAUCAAUUUGUAGGCAGAUAAAUAAUUAGGAGUUUUUGCACAUUUAGUUAUUAUACGCUUGAUGAAAAUUGUUACCGACAGCGUUGAGCCUUUUUAUCGGGUCAGUAGGUAACGAAUUAGGAAAUUUCGCGAUUCCUACCUUACCGACGAACGGCACAUGAUGAAAACUUCCAAUCGUAUGUAUACCUUAUGCGGAGGCUUUCUUAUCCCAGUUCAUGCCUAUCAGCUUUCGUCUAAUCAGAACACUACCUUAUCCACUCGGACUAUUUCGACUCUCACGCAUGUCGAAGUUGUCAGAGCCGUUUCGAGAGUAAAGCACGCGUUGGUUCUGCGCGCGUAGCGCAUGCAUAGACCCCAGGAUCAGCGUCGGGAACUUUAUUUCGCUUCUUGGUUCACCGACGUGGUAGACAGUCGCGCCGUAUCCAUCGUCAACGACGUUUUACCGGAAGGAUCCUGAUUGUAAGACAGUUUUCAAGACACGUGACAGAAUCGAAAUAAAAAUCCAAAUUUUCAUUCUCGCGAACAGAUCCCACUCGAUCGUAUGAAUUUUCCAUCGGAGGUGUUUCUGGGUUAAAUUAAAAAUCCACAGUGAUCCUUAGAAAUUUACGUUGAAUUUAUUUUUUUUACUUUUCAAGAAAAAGAAAAUAUUCUAUUUUACCUAUAUUACCCAAAAACAAUUAUUCCAUGAAAUUUCCCAAAAAUGAUCGCGACCACGAUUUCCCUGCUCUACCGCACGUAUUCACACGAGAGUUAUACCAAUCAAAGAAAGUAACCGCAGAAAAAAAGUAAAAAAAAAAGGGAAAACGACAAGUUCAGUGAAAAAUUUUAUCACUACGUGGUAAAAAAAAAACAAACUAAAAUGUGCCAUAAUCAGGAUUCAUUCGUUUUCAAUGAUAUCACGGAUUAGACGUCUACCGUUGGCAGUAUCUCAACAUAUCACGUAAUCCGGUGUCCUAAGUAAAGAGUUUGUGAGUGUUGGACGCAGAGCUUUUUUCAUUUUUUUUCAUUUUUUUUUAUUUUUGAAUACAUCCUAAGUGCAACUUUACUGGAAGACAAACAGAAGCGAAGUUACGGGAAAAUUGUAUCGCAAUGUCCUGAAAGAGUAAGAAGACCCGUGAGAAGGACGAGGAGGAUAUAAGGAACGACAAAAAAAGGGAAAAAAUAAAAUAAAAUCUAAAUUCGAAAAAAGCUUUAAUGAGCAUAAAUCGGACUUUGUCAAGAGUUCGGUUUAAGGUCAGAAAAAAAGGAGUGAAAGCUCAUAGGCACGAAGCUUACUUGACCGAAUAAAAAAAAUUUCUAAGCCUUAAAAAUGGUAGCCGUGUGCAACGUGUCCAACAGCACUGUGUGCACUUUCAACAACAGUGGCUCCGAAGAAUUUGGUUUUGAAUUUGACGAACAGCUACAGGGUAUCGUCUCUGUCGUGGUGCCCCUGCUUUUCGGUGUUAUCGGGAUCCUCGGUUUGGUUGGUAAUUCACUUGUGGUGGUAGUCGUGGCGGCAAAUCCAGGAAUGCGAUCAACUACCAAUCUCCUGAUUAUCAAUCUCGCGAUAGCUGAUCUUCUUUUUGUCAUAUUCUGCAUACCCUUCACGGCCACGGAUUUCGUUAUGCUUUUUUGGCCCUUUGGAAAUAUAUGGUGCAAGGGCGUACAGUACCUAAUAAUCGUGACAGCUUGCGCCAGCGUGUACACCCUCGUUCUCAUGAGCCUUGACAGAUAUCUCGCCGUAGUGCAUCCAAUCGCUUCCAUGUCCGUUAGAACGGAAGCUCACGCGUUCCUUGCGAUAUGCAUCAUCUGGGUCGUCAUUCUCACAGCCUCCAUUCCAGUCAUCAUCAUUCACGGCGAGAUACACUUCGUGUUUCAGGAUUCGUACAACUCGACGUCGCAAACUUUGACGGCCUGCCGUAUUCUGCCCGAGUUCAACUGGCCUCUCUUCCAGUUGACGUUCUUUCUCUCGAGCUAUAUCGUGCCUUUGGCCCUGAUAUGCGGCCUCUACAUCUGCAUGCUUCUACGACUAUGGAGAGGAGCUCACGUCAGCGCUGAAAGUCGUCGCGGGAAGAAACGAGUCACCAGACUGGUCCUGGUGGUCGUUGGCGUCUUCGCCAUCUGUUGGUGUCCUUUGCAGAUAAUACUGGUGAGCAAAUCCUUGGAGCAUUAUCCACUGACACCAACCGCCGUGAUGGUCCAGAUCGUCAGCCAUGUUCUGGCUUACACGAACAGCUGCGUCAAUCCCAUCCUGUACGCCUUCCUGAGCGACAACUUCCGGAAGGCAUUUCGCAAGAUCAUCUACUGCAGGCCACGUAUGGACGCGCACAAUCGAUUGGGUCCACCCACGAAGACGACCAGGGCGGCCAGUACCGGUGAUAUCCUCUAGGUAAGAGCACGUAUAGCCAAUAAAUUAAUGCGCUGGGGCGCCGAGAAGGUAACGGAACUAUGAAUUGACCUUAAGGGCGUAACAACCGAGACAACUGGAGGAUUCGGCGUGAACGCGCAUGCGCACGGGGUGUUUGCGAGGACACGUGCGAAUGCGUGUUUUGGCCGAACAAAAAAAAAUAUUAUUUUAAGACUUCGAUAAACGAAUUGAAUGAAGAAACACAAAAUUUUACGUUACGGAAAAUUACUUUAAGGCGAAGCGAUCGGGUUUUGUCGUAACGAGGAAAGGAAAGAAAGAAGAGAAGGCGGGAACUGUUAUUAUUUACUCAAUAUACGUGAUGAUAGUAAAGUACGUAACGUUAUUGUACAGAUAUGGAGUCUUGGGUAUCAGAUUGUAUUUACGUUAGGUGCGCGUGACGUUAUUUCUUAAGUGUGAAAAAUUUUCAAAAUUGGCGCCCGAACGGCUCGACGUUUCGAAGUGUAUAUAAAGCGAUUUAAGAGGAUAGCCCUAAAUCUUACGAAAACUUCCAUUUGUAUUUUAUUAGCGCGUCUCACCCGACUGAUUUUUUCUAUAACCAAUGCUCAAUGCACGUUUUAGUAGUAUUCGCCAUUCCGCGUAUCCCAGAACAAAAGAGUUUCACGGUAAUGCAUAGCGGAUCCUAUUUAAAGCUGCGGGAAUACGUCAGAGAGACGCCAGCUAUCGUGCCCCCCGUGGAGCUCAACGUGGAGUUUGAAAGCGUGAGAUUUCUUGUGGCCCACGUGUGAGUCUAGCAAUUCGCGUAGCCAGUGUUUAUUUUCAAGCACGACUCCACGUAAACGAUCCGCUCGCUUCGGAGAGUCGCAGCCAAUUAAACUCAGCCUGGACGAUCCUUAUCGAUAUCAUCUUUAGUGCACGGUGUCGCUUCGCACUCUCGAGAUCGAACUUCGAUGUCCGAGGUGGAAGCUUAUAGUAUCGGCUGUGGAAGCGACGCCGACGUUAGACGUAGAAAACUUUGAAACUCCAUCUACAUCUACGAAAGUGUUACUUAUGGUUCAGAGAUCGGAGAAUCUUUAUUGGAAUUUCAUUAGUUUCAUGUCAUCCCUUAUAUACGGUUAUCUGCCCACUUUGUAGGUUAUGUACAGAUGCCCUCGUACCUAACCUAUAAGACUGCAGAACAUUCGGUCCCACUGUAUUGGCCAACCAGUACCUUUCCUUGAACCACAGUGCACUGUAGCAUUUGUUAGAUCAGGUUAGGUACAGAUGCCCUACCUAACCUAUAAGACUGCAGAACAUUCGGUCCCACUGUAUUGGCCAACCAGUACCUUUCCUUGAACCACAGUGCACUGUAGCAUUUGUUAGAUCAGGUUAGGUACAGAUGCCCUACCUAACCUAUAAGACUGCAGAACAUUCGGUCCCACUGUAUUGGCCAACCAGUACCUUUCCUUGAACCACAGUGCACUGUAGCAUUUGUUAGAUCAGGUUAGGUACAGAUGCCCUACCUAACCUAUAAGACUGCAGAACAUUCGGUCCCACUGUAUUGGCCAACCAGUACCUUUCCUUGAACCGCAGUCCACUGUAUCAUUCGGUAGAUGAGGUUGUCCGUCACGGGUCUUCUGGUCUUGUUAAAUAAAUUGACAGGGUCCCUGGUAUGUCAGUGAGGGUGAAUUCCGAGGAUAAGAGUAUAUGAGAGCACCGUUUUAGCAGCACAUACAAACCUUAAGGGACAUCUUAAGUAAUUUGGAACAUGGUCAGAGGUACAUUUUCCAAAUUAAAUUUUCUAACCUUUCUCAAAUCCAAUGAAACUUCGUUUCGAUUACGCCACCCCUUAUAUACGCAUAUACCUCACAGCUCGUAAGUAUUCCUAUGUCUAUGUUCUCUUUAACGACCCAAGGACGCUGCAUAUGCGUUUUUAGGGUCUUGCGAAGUAAAUCAGAGCUCCAAGCUCAACCAAGGCGUCCCGAACAAUGGAAAUUGCUACGAGCGUCGCUCCUAACCGAAGACUCAACCCUUGGACUUUGAUUUUUUUUUCUAUUUCAACCUCCCCCAUAGGAACUGGGUCGUAUCUCUUCCUUACAACUUCAGAGAAAGCUCUCUCCUUCCUCCUGGCUGAUGUCGGCGUCCCGACGACUCAAGUGGGCUUCUCUUAUCAUCGAUCUACGUACAGCCUGACACUUGAUUGCUCGUUGGCGAUAUUUUGCCAGUUGGGCUUUCUUCGGGAUGUCUUUUAUAUACCUAGUCUGCAUAUUCGUAUAUUCAUCCAGUCGUCCGACCCAUUUGGUAAUUCAGGUUGCGUCUCUCUUAUCAUCUAAAAGGGUCCACUUUCCUCUCUUUCUCUCUCUCGCACUCUUUACUGCGAACCUUGAAUGGACUUUUCGUGGGAAAUAGGAGGGAGGACAAAGUUGCGCCAUAUCGUCAUUCGGGAAUUAUUGACGAUUCGUCCUGUCACUUCAAAAGAUAGGUCACGACCCCCAGGAUCGGACAUCGAUUGAGACACCCCUUCUCAUUGGGAGUAAUAAUCUGACGCGGUUCGGACGUUCCUGAGUAACUAGAAAAUAGGGGGCACGAUGGUCAGGUGGUACGGUCCUGGUACCGAUAUACCUCAGUGGGUAAUGAAAACGGUAGAUGAAGAAGACGAGGGUGGAAUUAAAAAAGGAGAAAAAUAAUAAUAGCUGGAAAUUGGUAACUAGGACGCGUGAUUUUGUAUCCAUAGGAUGAGACGGAUAGUGAGAAAUUCAGGGUCGUAUCUGGAUAUUGCAUGAUAAUUAAAUUACGAGAAAAAAAAGUUAUCAAACUUAAAAAAAAAAAUUUUACGACCCACUUUAACCAUUUCGUCUGGCAUCAUCUGGUUUCCACCCGCGCGACUGCCCUAGAAGCAUUAGAUCCUUUUUGGGCUUUGUUCCUUUUUUUUUGGUAGCCAUUCUUUGGUCGCUUUGUCUAUUUUCUCGUCCUUCUUAUUCUUUUGUAGUGUCUCUUCUCUUUCUUUUUCACCUUUCUCUCGAUAUCUUCCUAUAUCUUCACGAAAGACAAAUUGAAACUGUGAUUUAUGUACCUGCGAGAUACGUAGCGACAGCUGGCCUCCUGGUGGCGGCAACGCGCACCUAAUGUCGCACAAGAUAAGAAUCGAUUCGAGGGAAAAUGUAGCAAAAGGUUUGAGCUUCCAUUCUGGGAAUUAGUGGGACGCAGGAGAGGCGAAAAAAGGUCCCAUCGAACUUUCCUCUCUUAUUAAAGUUUUCUAUUCAUUGCUCGUGAAAGAAGUUGCGAUCCCUUUUAAAGUCUAAGGGCGACGUUUUCAUUACGGAAGUUCACUUGGGAUCAGUUCGGGCGUCCGUUAAUCAUUAAUUAUACUGUUCGGAAUUACGUGUACGUAAAUAUUAGCUGUGACGUCAUUGACGUCUCUUAUUUUGUAUAUCGAGCGGAGGAUCGAUUCUCGAGAGGCUACGGGCAGCGGGAAUAAUUACGAAAUAAAUUAAUUUAAAAAAACUCAUUAACGUUGUAUCGAUGUUUACGUCUACGUUACUCGUGAUGUUGAGACGUCGUAUUUCCAAAUAAUUAAUUAUUACGAUGACUUUUCGGUGUUCGAUGUCGAUUAAAGGAACAUGUAAAUGAGAUGUUUGUCCUCCACUCCCAACAAAAAUUGCUCCUCAGCCUCUACCAACAAAAAUAUAUAUAUAUAUAUAUAAAAAUACGUAAAUGUAAUAUAUAACGAAAACUGUAAAUAUAGGAUUUAAGUAUAGGAAUAUUUAACGAAAAAAAAA